CGUUCAAACUUCAAAGUUCAAUAACAAAAACACUAUCACAAAAAGACAGAAUCCUACGUGGCACGUCCUUUUUAUAUAUACACACACAUAAACUCAUUACCCAUCAUCAACUCCAACGAUUCCUUUUCACCGGAUACCAAGUCGACUCAGUCUAUCUACCAAAAUGGGUAUAUGUAGCUCGUACGAGUCGACACAAGUGGCGACGGCGAAGCUUAUCUUGCAAGAUGGGAGGAUGAUGGAGUUCACGACUCCAGUCAAAGUUGGUUACGCUCUACAAAAGAAUCCAACGUGUUUCAUUUGUAACUCAGAUGAUAUGGAUUUCGACGACGUCGUAUCUGCCAUUAGCACCGAGGAGGAGCUUCAGCUUGGACAGAUUUACUUUGCUUUACCUCUCAGCUCGCUCCAUCAGUCUCUAAAAGCGGAGGAGAUGGCUUCCUUGGCUGUUAAAGCUAGCUCUGCUCGUAUGAGAAGUGGUCAUUCUUGCGGCCGAGAUAAAUGUCGGUGUCGCCGGAAAUGUGUCGCUCCGGUUAUCUUCUCUUCCCAGAGAGUGGCGGCGUUGGGAUCCGACGGCCAGACGAGAAACGGGAAAAGACGCGGCUGUAGUGGUGGUAGUGGGAGAAGGAAGUAUGCGGCAAAGUUGAGUAUGAUAGAAGAGUGAAGGGUAGUUUGGGGAUUUAGUUAUUGUUGUAGGGUUAGUUUUGUGAAUAUCUAUAUUAUUAACGCAGGAUCAUAUUGUCCUUUUUUUAGCUUAGACUGUCAUUUCUUUACUAACAUUGCAUGUUUCAUUAAGGCCAAUCAAGUAAUAUUAAUAACACAUCUAUAUU